AACAAAUUUGAAGAAGGAAUUUGUAAAAUUAUAAUUAUGACUAAGUAUAAAGGAAGAUGAAUUAUUAUAGUUGGUAACAAAAAUGGAUUAUAAAAAAGAUGCAAUUUAUACCUACUGGGUACAGUACACGACUAAGAAUGAAGAAGCAUCAUUUAGACAGUUUAUACAAGGUUUUGUAGCUAUUUGGGAGCCUAAACUAAAUUUAAAAUGGGAAAAUACAGAAAUGUGUUUACCAUCAGUGAUAGAUCCAGAAGCUGGACCUUCCUUGUCUCGGUUACCAGAUGAGUUAUUACCGGCUAUUGCUAAAUUUUUGUACAUAGCAAAAGAUAAUGCAGAAAAAGAGGAAUUUUCAAAAGAAAAAAUUGUUGAAGCAGAAUAUUUAUUACGCAGCUUGAUUGUAAUAAGUAGGAAUUUUUAUAACAUUCCAUUGUUGACGUCUUGUGAUUACGUUGGAGAAAGCACAUCUGUAGCUAUUAAUAUUAUACACAAACUUACAUCUGAAAAUGAACAAUAUGAUGAAUCGACUACAUUGUCGUUAUUAUCUUUUUGUCAUACAUUAUGCCAUUUUCUGGAAUGUUUAUAUGAUCCCUACCAGAUAUGGCGAUGUUUUGAUUCUUCGCAAAUGAAAGAAUUAGAUACUACUAAACUUCAGUAUUCGCCAUCUAUGCUUCACGUAGAAGUUGUUCCUUUUAUUUUUGAUUGUUUUGAAACAAAUUUGGCAGUAAAGCAUCCUCUAUUAGCUGCUGAAAUUUUGAAUAUAUUCGGGGCAGUUGUUUGUGGAUCUCAGCUAUUUAUAAUGCUGAGCAUAGGGGAAGGUCCGUGUUCUAUUGUGUUUAAUGACUUGCAUAAUGCACUCCGUGGUGUAAGUCCUCCAACCUGUACUUUAAUAAUGAAAGUGAUAUCUGACAAAAACGUACCCUUGGUUGUAAAAAAAACGGCUCUUCGGUGUUUUGUGACGGUUACCCAAGUUAUGAUACAGUUUCCUCCUCACCAAUGUCAGUUGGAUGUUUCUACCCAAAUAGAAUGUUUGACAGAUGCGUUGAAAGAAUGUACAACAGUUGAAAUUAAUGUGCCACUAGUAUUAUGUGUGAUUAAAGCAAUUGGUCAAUCAAUUGACCUAUCUGGAGUCAACGCUGAAAAACUACGGGAAUAUGUUGUGGAAUGUAAAUUAUUGGAAAUUAUUUUGAACGUGCUCAGUAAAUUGGAGACUAAAAUUGAAUCAGAUCAAGUGGUUGACUGCAUUGAAACUAUUUCAUCUAUUUUACGUGGAUCUAAUGAAGCAAAAUCUCAAAUGUUGGAAAUCAAUGGAUACAAUAAAGUUUUUAAAUUUGUUGAAAAAGAAAAAAAGAAAAGCCAGUCUUUAUUGAAAGCUAUUAUAUCUAUUGCUACAGAAAAUACAGACAAGACAUUAGAUCAAAAUCUAGAGAAUCCACAAAUGAUUGUGCCUUUAAUUAAAUGGUUGCCAAGUCUUGAAGAGGUCGACCAAGUUUGGUUAGCAAGUGUAAUAUUUAACUUGUGCACAACAAAUUUGCAAAGUAAAUGUCAUUCAUCGAGUUGUAAAGUUAUCGACUCUGUGUGCAAAUGCUUAGAAAAUUGCGAUCAGUUAGUACCAAAAACUGUUCACCAGCUACUCAAACUUAUUGAACAUUUAGCAUCCCAUUCUAUUUCCACAUCAGAGUUAAAAAAAAUAUUUUUAUUAAUGAGGGAUGCAGACGAAUCAUAUCCAUACACUACUCAAAUUCUUGGAACAUUAUCAGAAAUUGCUUACAGUGCAUGUGAUUAUAAUUGUAAAGUAUUUUUCGAUAUUCAAAAGGAUAACGACGGCUUAAGAAUUGAUGAACUUAAAAAAUGGCCUGGUCCCAUGAGCGGUUUGGCUUUUCAUUGUUGGUUACGCUUGGAUAAUGUCAGUUUUCAUCAUUGCACCAGUUCGUUUGGCUUAGCAUCAUACAGGCGACAAUUAUUACAUCUAAUUACAAGUUCUCACACUGGAUUAGAAAUUUUCAUUGGCUCUGAUUGGACUUUGGUUGUUGGAAUGAACACUAAAAAAGAGUUUUUUACCAUUACCGCUCGAGACUUCAGAUUUGUAGAAAAUCGUUGGUAUUGCAUUGACGUUUGUUACAGUCCGCCAAAAAGACCAUUUGGACAUAAUCAAAUUUCAAUUUAUAUUGAUGGAGUUCAAAAUAUCUGCGCUCCCGCGAAAUUUACACCUUUAACCGAUCAGUUUCAGCAGUGUUCAAUUGGAACGUUUAUACCUCAAUUGUCUAAAUCUAUAGAGACAUAUCAGCAAACCGAUCGAGGAAUAUUACCGUCAUUUAUAACUCAAGUGCCGAAUUAUUUAUUGAUGAGAGGUACUGGCGCAUUGGAUCCAUACGUAAAAGAUUUUCCUCCUGGAAUGCAAGACUCGCUGUAUGGUCGCUCGAUGUGUUUAAAAGGUCAGCUAGGGCCGAUUUGUUUGUUUCCCGAGUAUUUAUCAAACCAUCAAGUCAAAACUCUGUAUGAAUUAGGUCCAAACUAUACUUCUUUAAACACAAUGGAUGACUCUACAUCGGACAUAACAGGAAUGUUUAAUAGAUCUGUUUUUUACUUCAGUCCUACAGCAUCUUCCACUCGAGAAAUCGCUCUAGACUUAAGUCAGAAAAAUAAAGUUAACGCGCAACUUACAUCCACCGUUUAUAAAUGUUCAUCAAUUCAAGACGUGAUUAAUAUGAUUGGUGGACUAUAUGUGCUGUUUCCUAUUUUAGAAAGUAAAAUUUUAAAUGAAAGCGAUCUUGGAUUGUUAUCAUUAGAUCAAACGAACAUGGAAAUGACAGUUGAUAUUGAAGACUUUUCAUCUCUUCGUUCAUACUCUUUAGACGACAGACUUGAGCUUCAUCCCAUUGGUCUGUUAUUAAUACUAAUGAAAAAUUUAAUGAAAGGAAAUAUUGUUGGCCAAGAACAGUUGUUAAGGAAAAAUGGCAUUCCAAUAUUAGGAGAAUUGCUCACAAAUGUCCCGCCAGAUAAAAUUGAUUUACAAAUGUUGGAGGCAUUACAAUUAUUUAUGGAAACUCUACAAGAAAUUUCCAACACACAACUUCUAAGAGCUUUUUAUCAGCAUAUUCUCUUUAAUUUUACCAUUUGGUCAAGAUGUUCUUUUCAAAUACAAAUUGGCGUUGUUAAGUUAUUGUAUCUGCUGAUUAAGAAUGACCGUAAGUCAUUUCGUAAACGGUUUGGUGUACAAUUUUUUUUGGAUUCAAUAAGAACAUAUUAUACAACAUGUGAUGUACUUGCUGCUAAUCAUACAACAGUAUUACGAUCAUCGUUGUUGGAUAUUGUCAGGUUUUAUGUUCAAAAAGAAGUUUUUGCAUCUGAUAUUGAUAUAAUUAUUCGCUAUUUAAUAACAUGCAGAUCAGAAACAAUGAUAAUAGAAUUAUUAGAUGUUCUGAUAAAAUAUUUGGGUUCAGAUUGUUGUAAAGAUCAAGUGUUUUUGUUUAUAUAUGAACCACAAACUGCAGACCUAUUAUAUUCUUUAUUGGUUGAAAAAUCCAUCAGUAUGCUAGCAAAACAACAUAUCUUAAAAUUAUUUUCUGUGUUACUUCAAACAAAGUAUGUGUAUGAUCGCCAUAAAUGUAAUCUACGAUUACAAAACUCAGGAUUUGGACUAUAUCCAGGUCUCAUAUCGUGUUUGCCAGAUUUCCAAAAUUUAACAAUGGAAGUAACGUUAAUGAUGUUGGAUCAAAUUUUAUUAACGGAUUCACUGAGUACUUAUACAGCAGUUCUGUCUGUGCUUCAUCGGCUUGCAUAUGAAGAAAUUACUAUUAAGUUGGAGGCUGCAAGAAAAGUGUUAACAAUGAUUUACAUGAACCCUAAUGCAGCUAAAGCAAUUGCUAAACAAGCAGGUUGGCAGGAUUGUGUUACUCGACUAUUAGUUCACCGAUUGGCUGAAAGCAAAACGUCGCACAACCAGGAUUUGAUAACUUUUAAAGAACAAGAUGUUCCAAAAAUUUACAAGAAAUUAAAAAAAUGCAGAUCAUAUCCUAAUAUUUUAAAAGCAAAGCACUUGUCGUUGAGGAGAUGCAAUUCAAUGUUUGAAUUGGAAAGGGAUUUGUCUAAUGAUGGCUUUAGAACAAGUUUAACACCAACUGUGUAUAAUUUAGCAUACGCUGCUAAUUUUAUUGAAAACGAAAUAAAAGGGGUAGCUGGAUCAGUAUCUGCAGUUGUUGUGGAUAAUCUACAGUAUGCCUCGGAAAACUUAAGCUCGGCAGUUAACUCAGUUGGUUUAGUUGUGAGUGAUAAUAUUCAAAUGGCUUCUGAUAACUUAGCGUUUGCGAUGAACACUGUCAGUGGUAACAUUCAUUCGGCAACUAGUAAUCUGUCAUCGGCAGUUACAUCGGCCUAUUCGAUUUUUAAACAAAAAACCACCGAAAUACAAGAAAUCGGAGAGAACGCAAAAGAGCGUCUUAAAAAGUAUGCAAUGUAUUCACCACAAUCUGAUAGAAAUAUUAUUUAUGAAGAUAAAGCCCAUUCAAUGACUAAACAAUUACUUAUUGAACUCGGUUUGGAGGCAGAUACAUACAGCAUUAGCAACAGAUCAAUAUCUAGUAGUCUUGAAGAUGUUUCAUCGAUAAAGUCAUCUAUAGCUCCAGAUAACCGUUCAAUUAGUUCAGGGAUUACAAGUUCUGACAAUAUUUCAACAGUUUGCGAAGACAUUGAAAACAAUGAACAAAAUGAUUUUGACACAAUUAAUCCAUGGCAAGAACUGACCAAUAACCAAUAUGAUAACAAAGAGAAGGAUUUGUGUUCGUUUGUUGAGAAUAUUCUUUUUGUCGUUAUGUGGCGUGGUGUUAAUAUUCACAAUAAAAACUGUUGGAAAGAACGGGGACAAGUUAUGGCUUGUAUAAAUAUGAUAAGUCUAAAUAAUAUGUUGUACUGUUCACACUUGGAACUCAAACUUCAUAUUCUAGAGAAAGCCGUCGAAGCUGUUCUAAGUGACUUGCACGAUUCAGGAUCAACUCUCGAAUGUGAUCAUGCUAAAACUGAGAAUGUUGGCCAGCUCUUUGGUCUGAUAUACGAUCUGGUUGUCUUGGAUCCAAGUCCAAAUUUUGACAAGAAAUGUUCUGUAAAAUUAUUAGACGGAUGUAUAAAACUAAUCGAGUCAUUAGCCAUUUUUGGAGACUUUCAAGAACCAAAUAGCAAAGACAUCGCUAUGAAAUUUUAUGGUAUUUUGCUGAGUUGUUCGUCAAGUAGUAACAUGGAAAUUUGUGCCAUGGCAACAGUGAAGCUACACACUAUACUGCAAACUAGUAGUAGAAGUGUUGUAGAGAUUGAAUGUUAUUUGUUACGGUCAGUGAAUACGAUUUUACAGAAGUCACUUAAAGAUGAAAAAUUGGAGCGUUAUUCAUUUAUCCUCCCGUUAGUUAAGACUCUGAUCACAAAGUUAUCAGAACCGCUCAAUAUUUCAAACACUGAACUACCUUAUUUGACUGAAGUGCUAUACAGUGGACAAUUUUAUGAUAAAUUUUUCACGUAUUGUACUACUGCAGAAUGGGCUGUAUUUAUAGAAACUAAGGUAUCGGACCUUUGCAAGGAGUACCGGCGAUCGAUGAAUGCCGAAAUCACCGAAUCCAUGAACACGUUCUGGGCCGAGUGUUAUGAAUCGUACAAAAACGCAUUGGACACGAGAAACCGACAUGUGGCCGACAGUCGUAAAGCGUUUCAGGCUACAAUAGUCGAUCCGUAUAAAAUAAAAAAACAAGAAGAAGAAUCGAGAAUAUAUUUAAUUGAGAAUCAAAGGAAGGCCCAACGACUAUUAGUUCGAGCUAAGUGGAGACAAAUUAAAGGGUACCUUUGCGGCGAACGAGGACCGUGGAAAUCUAGGACGAUUCCAGAACGACAUUGGAUAUUGUCGCAACACGAAAAUUACUCGAGAAUGCGAUUGAAACUAUGUCCCAACUAUCAUUUUGACGACCACAAGAACGCCAGCAAUCUACGAGACAACGCCGGUAAUGCCGUCAAAUGCAUUAUGGACUGUCCUGAAAUUCCGCCGAGUAUGCCUCAAGUGGCCGUCCGGAGCUUAGUGGAAGAAGACGGAGAGAUGUUACCCGACGAAGACAUUGCUUCGUAUAAAACUAACUAUCCUGAGGAAGACAACGAACGAAAAGAAAAGCUCAUGUUGUCCGUCGAAUGUCAAUUGGUGACAUUGAUGAGCGUAAUCAAAGGGAGGUUAGUCAUCACGACCACCCACGCAUACUUCCAUGAUUUGACGCCCAUCACUGAGGAUUGCGAUAGACACGAUUUUAAAUGGUCAAUGACGAAAUUGCGAGACGUGUACUUGAGACGGUACAAUCUGCGCCGUAGCGCUUUAGAAUUUUUUUUGAUGGACCAGUCGAAUUACUUUUUAAAUUUCACAACGAAGACCCGUUUGAAAGUGUUAACGGUAAUCUAUAACGUGCAUCCGCCGAGUUUUUCUUACAACAGCAGCCGACACCCACAAGACUUACUGAGGAAAUCGGGCGUAACUCAAAAGUGGGUCAACAGAGAAAUAUCGAACUUCGAGUAUUUGAUGCAAUUGAACACCAUAGCCGGCCGGACAUAUAACGACCUCUCGCAGUAUCCGGUAUUUCCUUGGGUGUUGGCUGACUACUCGUCCGAGGAAUUGGACUUGAAUGAUCCAAAGACGUUCAGAGAUUUAUCUCGACCGGUGGGUGUAGUCAAUCCCUGCAACGAAGCCGACGUCCAGGCCAAGUACAAGAAUUUCGAAGACCCGAACGGAGUGAUCGGCAAGUUUCACUACGGCACGCACUAUUCGAAUUCUGCCGGUGUGCUCCAUUACUUGGUCCGAGUCGAACCGUACACUUCUCUGCACAUAGACCUCCAGAGCGGCAGGUUCGACGUAGCGGACCGUCAGUUUCAUUCAAUCGCCCAGACUUGGAAGUUGUUGAUGGAUACGCCCAACGACGUCAAAGAACUCAUACCCGAGUUUUUCUAUUUCCCCGAGUUUUUGAAAAACAUGAACAACUUUGAUCUAGGUCGUUUGCAGUCGUCGAAAGAAAAGAUAGGAGAUGUAAUUCUUCCUCCGUGGGCGGAUAAUCCCGAAGAUUUUAUUUACAAGCACAGGAAGGCCUUGGAGUCUGAAUACGUAUCUAGUCACUUGCACGAAUGGAUCGACCUAAUAUUCGGGUACAAGCAAAAAGGACAAGCAGCGGUGGACGCAAUGAAUGUAUUCUAUUAUUGCAGCUACGAGGGAGCUGUGGACUUAGAUGCCAUCGUCGAUCCGGUGGAAAGGGAGGCGGUCGAAGGCAUGAUAAACAACUUUGGACAGACUCCCAGUCAACUCCUGCGGGAACCACACCCGCAAAGGUUGCCACUAGACAAAGCUCUGGAGAAAAUGAUGAAAUCCGACAACAAGAAACCAGACCUCACCAUGAUGCUAAAGGAGUUGUCCACGUUUUACGUAGAGAUAACGGACAGCAAACAUCCAAUGGUGUUUUUAAGCCCCCCUCGUUCGGGACCUAAAGGGCUUUUGCAAACGGCCGACGACACGCUGGUGACCGUAUGUGAGAAUACUCUCAUCGGCCGGCACUCUUGGUUACCAUACGACAGACAUUCCAACAAGGGUUUUACACUAGAAGUAGACCAGUCGCACGUGUUGCUCAAAAGCAAAAAAGAUCCUAACGCUUAUCCCACGAGGUCAUCUUCGUAUCAUCCGUCCAUUAAAAUAAACAGCCACCUGUUCGCCGUGUCUAAUGAUGCCAAAUAUCUCUUCACAGCAGGUCAUUGGGAUUACAGCGUAAAGACAUUUAGUUUUUCGAGAAACAAGUACCUCUCGUCGGUUAUCAGACAUUUUGACAUUGUGACUUGUAUAGCGUUGGACACCUGUGGAUGGUACAUGAUAAGCGGAUCUAGAGACUGUACGUCGGUCGUCUGGGACGUGUCCAACGCGAAUAACGUCAGCCCCAAGCCUUUCCAAACGCUACUCGGUCACGACUUACCAGUCACUUGUGUGGCGAUUGCCACCGAAUUGGACAUGGCCGUUUCCGGAUCCGAAGACGGCACCGUGAACGUGUACAGCAUACACCAGGGGCUGUUGGUCCACUGUCUAAUUCCUCUGGGUUGUGUCUGCCCUCCGUCCACGAUAUCCUACGUGACCGUUUCGUUUCAAGGACACAUCGCGUUUUCCGCCAAAGAUAACGAAAGCCAUUCCGUUCACGUGUUCAGCUGCAAUGGCGAUAAUUUGGGCUCGAAGUACGUCGGGGCCCAGGUGACCGGCAUUACGACCAUUGGCGAUUGUUUGGUCGUAGUCGACGACGCGGGUUAUCUGACAUUAAGCAGACUCUUGGGUUUACAUCCGGUCUACGACGUUCCGUUGGAUGUUCCUGUGCAAACGGUGGUCGCCACGCCGGGCAACACACACUUGCUGGCACCCCUCAGAGACGGUAACAUAGUGGUCAUUGGAUUGCCCAACUCGAGCAACUGAUUUCCGUUACAAAAAAUUGUUUUUUUUUGUAAAAUCUAGUUAAAAUUUCUAUAAUAUCGUUGUUUAAAAUCUGUAUUGUAUUUUAUGUGUAAUCGGUUGCCAAAUACUAGUGAUGGUAUUCGAUCGUAUUAUUGCUCAUUACUUGUAAUUUGUUUUUUUUUUUAUUGACUUAACUCGAAUAGGGGCUAGUCUUACAUCAAUAUAUAUAUAUAUAUAUAUAUAUAAGUACACAUAAUAUGUAGGUACACUUAUUGUAUGACCGCAAAACUACCUAUUUACAUACUGCUAUUACUAUAUAAUAAUAUCAUCAUCAGUUAUAAUUUUUAAAUCAUCAGUGGUUUUGGGUACACUUUAAAGGAGUAAAAAUAAUCAUACAACACUAAC